AUGAACUGCNAUGGGGGUAAUGAAGUCAAAAAUAACAUAAACAGCAAUAAAAUUGAAAGUAAAGGAAAAACUAAGGAAGGAGCUGAUGAUAAAGUAACAACUGCAGAUUAUAAGUCACACUGCAUAAUGCAGGGAACAAUUAAGAAACUUUACCAUGAUAUAAAGUUGAUUUCGGAAGAAUUUAAAACUAACUGUGAGGGUAUCGACUUGCCUUCUGAAUUUCCUAGUAUUCCACGUGAAAUUGAUGCACUUAAUGAUUCCUGGGUUAAAGAUUCUGAUAUUACUGUAUGGAUUGAUCCACUGGAUGCUACUCAAGAGUACACAGAGAAAAUGUAUGAAUUUGUUACUACAAUGGUAUGUGUGGCAGUUAAUGGAAAACCUGUUAUUGGCAUUGUCCAUAAACCAUUUUUAAAAGAAACAUAUUGGGGAUGGGUGGGAACAUCGAAAUCCCCUAAUUUGCAAGUAAAAGAAAGGUCAGAUGAUGAACUUAUCUUCAUUGUAUCAAGAUCUCAUACAGGAAAGGUUAAAGAAAUGAUAAACACAAAGUUAAGUGAAAUAAAAAACAAAAUUGUUGAAGCAGGUGGAGCAGGUUAUAAAGUUCUUGAAGUGAUAAAAGGAAAUGCAGAUGUUUAUUUUCAUACUACAGCAAUAAAAAAAUGGGACAUUUGUGCUGGAAAUGCAUUGUUAUUCUCAGUUGGUGGGAACAUGACUACGUUAAAGGACGAAUUGAUUGAUUAUGGUGAUACAGAGAAUGCUGUAAACACAAACGGAUUAGUCGCGACAUUGAAGAAAUAUUUGAACCUUAAAAAAUUGCUUAUUUGAGAGUUUAGAGUUGUUAGUUAUUAAUUAGUUGUCCAUUUUUUAAGUGCUUUAAAGGAUUGUUUGACUUCAUCAUAGAUUAUGUACUUAUUAAAAAUACUUUUUCAUAUGC